AUGUCUGCUGACGACGACUUGGUGCCCGAAUCUGUAGAAGGCUACACUGUGGGCGAGAAAAAGACCAUUGCUGAGUACACGAAGCUCGACGCUGAGGACGAGUCGCUUGCCAAGUGGAAGGCGUCUUUGGGGUUGAGUGCUGAGGGCCUGGCUUAUCCGGUGAAGGCGGGCGAUAAGAGAACCGUGGUCAUUGUCGAGAUGGCGCUAACGUUUCCUGAAGAUAAGCUGCUCGAGCCAAUUGUGAUUUCUUUGGAGGACGCGAGCGGGAACACCAUCGAUAAGGAGAUCAAGUUCUCCAUCAAGGAGAAGGCCGUGUACGAGUUGCACGUCAAGUUUCGCGUACAGCACGAGAUCAUCACGGGCUUGAAGUAUUUGCAUUCGGUCAAGAAGGCUGGCAUCCGUGUGGAGAAGAUGGAGGAGCCUUUGGGCUCGUAUGCUCCCAACACUAAGGAGAAGCCUUACUACGAGAAGUCCUUGGGCGCCGUGGAGGCGCCUUCGGGGUUGUUGGCUAGGGGCUCGUACUCUGCCGUGACCAAGUUUGUGGACGACGAUAAGACCGUUCAUUUGAGCUUUCCCUGGUCGUUCCAGAUCACGAAAUGA